AUUGGUCUAUAAUAUAUAAUUUCUAUUAUAUACAUUAGAUAUGUAUAUAAUUGGUCUAUAAUAGAUAUGCAUAUAAUUGGUCUAUAAUUUCUGUUGUUUAAAGGGCAGCUUACCCCCUCUUUGUGACAGUGUAGUUAAAAAACAUUCUUCUGCCUGAUGUUCAAAAUUAGUAGCUGGGAAAGUUGAACUAAUUAAGUAAUUGGCCUGACUCAAUACUUGAUAUGUUAGAAUAACAUUCAUGGGGUGCCUUUAAGUAGGUUAUUUCAUUAACUAUUUGAGGUGGGAGAGUUUCCAAAGUUGACUUGAUAGUAGUAGGAAAGUGUCAGAAAGGUAUGGCUUUAAAAUAAUGUGAUUGCUUCCAUAAGUUCAAUCUAAACAUUUGUUACUUGCUUCACUCUACACUUUGCCCCACAGAGUUAAAACACAUCAUGCUGUAUUAUCAUCAUAUCCUACUAAUACCCCAUAUAUCACCACCGGAUACAUACACAGAAAAGGCAGGGUUAAUUUUUUUUGUUUGGCAUUUUUUCAGUGUUGUCUCAUGACUGUUAAGCACAGUAUUCGAUGUAGAACCAGAAGUGGGUGAAAGGAAAGCUUUAGACUGUAUUACACAAUGUGCUUCUUAAGGGGUAAUGGAAGGACUCCUGGCCUAAGGAACCCCGGUUGUUUCUAGAUGGUGUGUAUCUAUCCCAAUUAUAAUUUGGAAGCCCAUGAGUAUAAUCAAGUGCUUAAUGUGUGUGUCUUACAGGUAAAACUAAACAAACUCAUUUUACUCCAUGUCGAUCCCUGUCUUUCAAUUGCCCAAAUUAGCUCAAUCUUGUUCUUACCACACUGUGUUGAAAAUGAGAGGUGAGUUUAUGAUGUAGAAAUAUAGUCAUCCCUCAGUAUCCUUAGGGGAUUGGUUCCAGUAUUCUCCAUGGAUACCCUAAUCCAUGGAUGCUCAAGUCCCUGAUAUAAAAUGGCAUAGUAUCUUUGCAUAACCUAGGCAGAUUCUCCUGUAUAUUUUAAAUCAGUUGUUUCUAGGUUACUUAUAGUACCUAAUACAAUGUAAAUUCUAUCUAAACAGUUACGCUGGUUUUGUUUUUUUAUUUCUAUUUGAGAGAUAGGGGUCUUACUGUUCUCUCCAGGCUGGUCUUGAAUUCCUGGACUCAAGCGAUCCUCCUACCUUGGCCUCCAAAAAUGCUGGGAUUACAGGCACAUGCCACCACGCUCAGCCUGGUCUUUGUCUUUUACAAUCAGGCUCUCACUCUGUUGCCUAGGCUGGAGUACAGUGGUGCGAUCAUGGCUCACCUCAGCAUCAAUUUCUUGGGCUCAGACAAUCCUCCCCACUCAGCCUCCUGACUAACUGGGAUUACAGGUGGGCACCACCACACCUGGUUACUUUUUAAAAUUUUUUGGAGAGACAGGGUCUCAUUCUGUUGCCCAGGCUAGUCUUGAACUUCUGGUCUGUAGCGAUCCUCCCACCUCAACCCCCAAAGUGCUGGGACUACAGGCAUGAGCCACUAUGCCAGCCUAUACUGUAUUUUUAUUGGUAUUUUAUUGUUGUAUUCAUAUUUAUUUAUUUGUUUUUCCAAAUGUUUUUGAGUCGUGGUGGGUGGCAUCUGUGGAUGUGGAACCUGCGGAUGCAGAGGGUUAACUGUGACUGGCGUACAGAUUUGGUUUGGGAAUUACUGUGUGCAACCAGCACCUAAGCAAUAGCCACUGAAUUUUCAGGAUGGUGGGCACAACCUCCAGCCAGGCACCAGGGUGCAGCUCUUCAGGUCCCUGCUCAACCCAGAGAGUAGGACCUUGGUCACAAGGCUGUUCCUUAGAACUGUUCCUCACUGAACUGAAAGGCAUACCCAUAUUGAUUGGUUUGUUUCUCCUUUAAGUAACAUUCAAGUUUGUGUGUGUGGAGAGGUUGUAGGGAACAGGAUUGUAGGAAGGUGCUCACACUUGUUUUUGUUUGUUUGUUAUGUAUAUAUAUGGUGGGUAGAAAAUAAGGAUUAAUGAAUGCAGUAAGGUAUUUGAGUACUCUUGUUUAUCUUGUGUAGGUGCCAAAUAUUUUUAUAGAGAUGUGGUUAAGCCUCUUGGCAUGUUCAACUGUGUACUUCAAAGUAAAAUUUUCUUCAUUUGGUACUGACAGUCUCUAAGGUGGGGGAGAAAUAGAGACUAAGUCACAGGCCCCAUUGUUUAUGAUGGUAGAAUGGGAGGUAGGUACUGAAUUUUACCAAAAGAAGCUCAUAGGUGCUGAUGUGUUCAGACGCUUGGGCAAGUGACAUCAUUGCACACAACGAACGUGUGGAGCUCGCAGGCCUUCUAUCAUGUGUAUAUACAUGUAUAUGUAAUAUUUUAAUCCAGAUUUACUUUCAUGUGACAUUGUCAGCUUCAUGUAAUCUCACAUGUCAGAUUUCAUCAACUUCAGGUACAAAAGACUGAGGUGGAAUAUUGCCCCCAAACCACCUUCUGGGAUCGAAGGUCUGCAAGAAGCCAACUUGGCUAUAUCCCCAGCUUGAAAAUCACAGAAGGCCAUAAGAGGAUUUCCUAAACUUUCUGAAGGUGGUAUUGUAGUCAGUAACCACUGGCCCAUGGGAUGCAUUCCCCUCAUAGUCUUCAAACCAGAAAUGUCAAAUGAACAUCUCUGCAUGACGUCAAAUGGAAUUUGGGAGGAGAAAAGGGUACAAAGAAACAUGUCGUCUUUGCUCCCCCACCUACCACCGUUUUUCUCUCUAAAUAGACUCUUUGGAGUCCUGAACGUUUCUCUUCCUCAUUUUCUGCCUCUCUAAGCACAUGUCUUUCUCACCAAUGUGCUGCUUCUGUCCACAUGCGGAGGGAGGAAGCUGUGGCGCCUGCUACCUCCAAGGCACAGGUUUACUCCGACUUUUAUGCAGUUACCCUAUCUGUCUUGUUUUCUUCAGCCGUAUACCUUAACCAGAAAAUUGCUACAUGAAAAAAUUAAUUAUUAAAUCUUUUGCCGGUGCCAACUUGCACAGAGCAUGCGUACGGUUUGAUGAAUUUUCAUAAACUGAAUAUACCUAUAUAACCAGCACAUCAAGAAGCAAUUCUUACCAGGACCCCAGAAGCCUCCUGAUGCCCUCUUCUGGUCACUGUCCCCCAAUGGGUACUCACUAUUCUGAUUUAUAUCAGAGUAGAUUAGUUUUGUGUCACCUGCUCACCAGUUUAUACUUAAAGUUUAAACAAAAUAACUUUUAAACAAUUUAUCUUUUUUAAAAAAUAAGGUAAAGUUAACCAGGAAUGAAGUAUUGGUUGUGCUAUUAAAAUACAAAAGUUUUUGUAUUUUAUAAUACAAAUGUAUUUAAUACAAAUAUUUGUUCAUCAUUGAAACUUUCAUGCUGUCUGAAGUUCAUUUCGUUAUAAAAACCCCAGGAUUGUUAUAACAGAAGAGCUUAGUUUUGCCGUUUGUUCACUGCUUUAGAUCUUCCUUCAGUAGACUAUAACCAGAAGACCAAAAGUAAAUUUUAAAAUGUAGUACAAGCCAGUACAUUUUACUCUAAAUCUUGAAGAUGUAUUUUAAAAUAUUCCAGUUUAUUAAAAAUAAUGCUGGACAUAUAACAUUUAUAUGAAAAAAACACACUUUAAAAAUGAAAUUUGUGUCCAGGCAUGGUGACUUGCACUUUUAAUCUCAGCUUCUCAGGAGGUUAAGGCAGGAGGAUCUCUUGAGCCUAGAGGAGUUCAAGAUUGCAGUGAGCUAUGAUUGCUCCAGUGCAUUUCAGCCUGGGGACAGAACGAGACCUCAUCUAUUUACAAAAAAAGAAAUCUACUAACUGGGUUCAAUUUUGUUUGGCAUUUAACUUGUAGCCUCUGAAUUGUGAAUUUGGAAAAAAUUUAAUAUUGCAAGUGGACAUUGAUAUAGGACUCUUAGCCCAAGGAAUCUCUGUUGUUUCUAGAUGAUCUAUUUCUAUCCCAAUUAUAAUAUGGAAGCUUCCUAUAUGGUCAGUUCUAGAAGCUUUUCUACAUAAUAUAAUUAGAUUCUCUUAGGAGAUGUUUUAAAGAACUAGCUCAUCAGGAAAAGUUCAUCAGGACAUGGAAGAUUAAAGUCAUAUAGAUUCCUUGUAGUUUUGUUCUUAUACAGAAAUUCUACAUUGCAAUUUGGAAAUAAUGAAUGUAAAUAUAAAAACCCAGUCCAGGCCUGUCCCGUACUCCAUCAGUUGCUGGUCUGUACUUGGAGUGUGCUGACCAGCUUUGAGAGAUGUGUCCAUGAUACCAAAAACUAAAGUUCAAAGGAAUAUAAAGAAAAAGUGGAAUGGGCUGGGCGCAGUGGCUCACGCCUGUAAUCCCAGCACUUUGGGAGGACAAAAUGAGUGGAUUGCCUGAGCUCAGGAGUUCAAGACCAGCCUGGGCAACAUGGUGAAACCCCAUCUCUACCAAAAAUAGCAAAAAUUAGCCAAGAGUGGUGGCACUCACCUGUGGUCCCAGCUACUCUGGAGGCUGAGGUUGGGGGCAUUGCUUGAUCCUGGGAGGCGGAGGUUGCAGUGAGCUGAGAUCACACCCUGUACUCCAGGCUGGAUGACCAAAAGGGUGGGACCCCAUUUCAAAAAAAAAAGAAAAGAAACAAAAAAAGUAAAGUGAUAUCUUAAAAUUUAGUAGAAUGGAAGAGAAUAAGAAAUAUAAAUGUGAUUUCAAAAGUGAAAAAGGAGAACAGGCAGACUACCUAAUGAAAAUCAGAUGUCCUCAUGUUAUAUUGUAUAAAUUCAGAAUUUUCUUAAAGCCAAACAAGUUGGCUUAAAUACAGAGCCAGAUGUAAAUGGUACCAUUUGGUAUGGAGCUGCAUAUUUGGCAGCCAAAGUUGACACAGCGUUAAGGUUCUAAUGAUUUGGUGUCUGUUUCCUGAAGAGGCAGCUGCCUCUGCUACCUGCUGCUGCAAAUGCUGGCUUGUCUAUAAUGUGCCCUUGGGCACGUGCUAUUUAAGUGGCUUGAAAAUGUGUGAUUAUGCUUCAUGUGCUUGUCCACAGUCUCUGCCCUUAUGGAAACAGUGACAUUUACAGUUUCUAGAGGGUGAAGUGUUUCUUGGGCUUCAGCAUCACCUGUUUAUCAUACUCUUUAAGGAAAAAAUUGAGGGGAAGCAGUGCACUGCUUAUAGCUAACAGAGCAUUUUAUAUUAGAAUUCAUUUUACAGAUGUCUCCAUACGCUCUUGCCCCUCCUGCAUACCCAUCCCUUUGCUGCUUUGGCCAAGAGUCCUCCUUCCAAACCUUAAGCUCGAUUGUGCUGCAUUCUCUUCUCCUUAGAUUCCCCAGUCGUCCUCCAUUGCAUAUGGAACACUGUCUACCAUUUUUAGAACAUCAUGUGCUUCUGGCUUGGAUCCAAGCUCAUGGUCUCCACUUUCCUACUCCCCUCUUAGCCACAACUACCUUCAGGAUCUCUCCUUGACCCGAUUGUUAUGGACUUGGUUCCUUCCCUCUCCUUCUGCCUGCCUCCCAACCCCUAACUUCCACCGACUCCCAUUAACUUACCAGCAAGCCUUCCCUGACACACACACACCUAACAUGAUUUAAUGGUCCCUACUUGCAGCACAGCAUCAUUUCUCUGUUGCUACACUUGCUACCCUGUUAUAAUUGACUUUGCUCCCUUCCCAUCCCUGCUAAAUUGUAAGUUCCUUGCAGGCAGCCUCCAGAACUCUGUGUCCCAGCUACCGAGCAUGUUGUGUGGUACUGAGCUCUGGAGGUUCUUCAUAAAUCUAUGUCAAAUGGAUGGAUCUAAGAGUCCUAUUAGACUGAAAGGAUGGCUGUCCACUCCCUAAAUGUGAUUUCUAAAACAAAAGAGAGUAGGUUGGAUUUUUUCCCUCUUUCUUCAAGUUGAAUCUCCAUGGAUAGAGCUCCUCAAAUUCUAGUGAUCUAUUUGUAAACAGAACAUUCUCUAAGGACAAGAGACCAUGGCCCAGAUGGGCCAUUCUGCACAUACACUGUCUUAUACUUCAGAGUUGCCACUAAUCACUUUGGAGAAACACAUUUACUAGCAAUGUUAGGAAAUCACUGCUAAACCAUUCAACCUCAUAAUUUUUGUGCCACUUGUGAAUCUCACAGAGAAAACGUGAAAUUCUCAUUUCUGUUGAAAAUGAUUAAAAAUAGCAUUCAGCAUCUUUGUUUCUUCCUUCAGCAAAGCAUUCGGAACUAAUGGACAUGUGUAAUCAGUAAAUAAUUAGUAAAUAUAUUGGGUUGGAUCUGUCCAUGGAGAAUUUAUAAAAGCACUUUGUCUUGGAUUCAAAAAUGUUGUCAAAUCCUACAAUUAGAACUAUAUACAUUUUCAGCACCUGGUGUGAUAAUAAGGCCGUUUCAGAAUGAAUGGGCUCAGCAGUGUUUUGUUAUUAUGCUGCCUGCCCAAGAAUCAUCUAUGCAAUUUGAAAAAGGUACUUCUGCCCCAGGGGGAGUAUACAACAUCAGUUGUCCAUGAAGAAUUAUAAAUGCAGGGCCUUGAUCUUGGGUUUAGCCCAACCCCAUUGCAGAUGGAGAAACUAACACACACCUUUAGCUUAAAGCCCAGGAAGCUGCUGUGCUGUCCCCUACCUGUGUGUAUCAGAUGCAUGGCCACAACCUCAUUCUGCCAUCGCUCCCUGCAGGAGAUGGCCACAGGGCUGGGGACAUCUACGGAGAGAGAUGAAGGGUUAGUGAGCAUUUGGGGUCAUUAGAAUUUAUGUGGAACUUUGUAUAUUUUCAGAAUUUCUUCCCAGACUCACAUCCUUCUGAGUGAGCGUUUUGUUUAGUUUUAUUUUGUUUUUUGAAAUUUUGCAACUUCCCAAAGGCAAGGCUAAAAUCAAGGGAAUGCCUGGCACAUGUCAGUUAAUUAAAAGGACUCUUUUCCUUACUCUGAACCUGUACUAGAAUCGAAAUAAAAAAAAAUUACCAGCGAUUGAAGUUAGGAACAUUAAGUGAUCUUCAGUAUUAAAUAGAACUUCACAGGAUGUAAUGAAAGCACAUGAAGUUUAAAACAAAAGGAACCUCGUCUCUACUAAAAAUACAAAAAAUCAGCUGGGUGUGGUGUCGGGCACCUGUAAUCCCAGCUACUCAGGAGGCUGAGGCAGGAGAACCUCUUAAACCCGGGAGGCGGAGGUUGCAGUGAGCCGAGAUCAUGCCACUGCACUCCACCCUGGGUGACAAGAGCGAAACUCCAUCUCAAAAUAAUAAUAAUAAAUAAAUAAAUAACAAAAGGAUGUAUGUGGGGCAUUUGAAUAAAUGAUGUCAUUUCUCCAUUUACGUUAGACACAGGGACCUCUCGUACAAGUGAGGAAAGAAGAGCCUAAGUGUGGAUGUCCUCACAUCCAUGGAAAUCAUUUUAAGUCACCUUCAUAAGCAACUUAAAAGGACUUCAGUGACUUCAUGGAUGCUGACUGUUAGUGGUUGUUAUUCUGACUGUGUCAGCUUGGCAGUCUCCACCACUGCCUGAGGCUGUUCCUGAUUUCCACAACAUAAGCAGAAACUCAGGUUUGGCCCUGGACUCAUGCACCAGGCAAAGAAGAAAACUUGAUCUUCUAUUAGGAACCUAAGUUGGUUCCUAGAGCACUUCAGCAUUGCUGUUAUUUCAGAUAUUAUACAGUCAAGUGCCACAUACAACAUUCAGUCAGUGACAGACGACAUAUAACACAGGGGUCUCCUGAGAUUAUAAUGGAGCUGCAAAAUUCCAAUCUCUUAAGAGACUUGUAGCUGUUGUAAGGUUGUACUGCAGUGUGCAUUACUGCAUUACGUGUAUUUUAGUGAUGAUGCUGGUAUAAACAAACCUACUAUAUGCCAGUCAUAGAAAAGUCUAUCACAUACAAUUAUGUACAGGGCAUAAUACUUGAUAAUGAUUAUAAACGAUAAUAAAGUAAUGGUAAUAAAUGUGUUACUGGUUUGUGUAUUUACUGUACUAUACUUCUAUCGUUCUUUUAGAGUGUACUCCUUCUAAUUAAUAAAAAAGAAAGUUACCUGUAAAACAGUCUCAGGCAGUUCCUUCAGGAGGAUUCCAGAAGAAGGCAUUGCUUUCAUAGGUGAUGGCAGUUCCAUGCGUGUUAUUGCCCCUGAAGACCUUCCAGUGGGACAAGAUGUGGCAGGUGGAAGACAGUGAUGUUGAUGACCAUGACCCUGUGUAGGCCUAGGCUGAUUUGUGGGUUUGUGUCUUAGCUUUUAACAAGAAAGUUUAAAAAAUUGAAAAAUAAAAUAAUUUAAGCAUAGAAAAAUGCUUAUAGAAUAAAUAUAAAGAUAUUUUGUACGGCUGUACAAUGUGUUUGUGUUUUAAGCUAAGUGUUACAAAAGAGUCCAAAGUUCUAAGAAAAUAAAAAGUUUAUACAGUUAAAAAGUUACUAAGCUAAAUUACUAAUCUUAAGCUAAGAUUUAUUAUUGAAGAAAGAAAACCAUUUUUUUUGUAAAUUUCAUGUAAACUUACACUUUGUCUAAGUGAACAGUGUUUAUGAAGUCUACAGUAGCAAGUAGUAAUGUCCUAAGACUUUCACAUCCACUCACCACUUACUGACUCACCCAGAGCAACUUCUAGGCAUGGAAGUUCCAUUUAUGGUAAGUGUCCUAUACAGCUGUACCAUUUUUAAAUCUUUUAUACCAUAUUUUUACUGUACUUUUCCUAUGUUUAGAUAUAUUUAGACACAAAUACCAUUGUGUCACAAUUGCCUAGUAUGCAGUACAGUGACAUGCUGUACACGUUUGCAGCCUAGGAGCAAAGCAAUAGGCCAUACCACAUUGCCUAGGUGUGCAGUAGGCUGUACCAUCUAGAUUUUUUGUGAGUACAUGCUGUGAUUUCAUACAACGAUGAAAUUGCCCAAGGAUGCAUUUCUCAGAAUGUGUCUCUGUCAUUAGCGUGGCAUGACUAUAUUAAAUUUAAAAAUCUGUUAAAAUUCUUUCACUUUGCUUAAUGAUCUUAGAUCCCCGCACACCCCCAAGCCCUUUUCAUUUUCCUUAUGAGCCGUGCUAUGCCAUCUUAAUAGGGUUUACAUUGCUGGUUGGUUUCUCUGCACUUUUUAAUUAUAUUGUUGUCCUGGAGAAGUUUUUAGAUGACUGGAUGUGGUUAGAAAGGUCUGUGACUGUAUUCUGGAAUGUCAAUGUCUAGGAAGCCCUCAUCCUGUGCCCAAACCAACCCGUGAACCUGAAGAAUGUUGCACUCUUCAGGAAACCCAUAAUCAUUGGAUAUUGGCACUGGAUUUGAAAGGAUCUCAAGCUUUUGGGAGAAGAGAUGAACUUGGCCUGGGCACACCUUUAGUAAUGAGUUUGGUGUUUUGCUUGUUUAUUUGUUAGAUUGCUUUUUCGACUGAUUUAUAUUCCUUGAGAACGUGUACUCUCAGGCGGUGAAAGUAAACACAAUUUUGUGGCUUCCUAGAAAACUGGUAAUAAAUAAUAUGGAUCUAACAAGAAGAAGUGGCCUGGGUUUACCUGUUUACAUUUCAUGACUAUCCGAGCUAACUGGAAGUUUUCACAUUUUUCACCCUCUUAGUGAAUUACUAUUAAACGUUCAGUUUAUACAUCAAAAUAACUAUCUUUAUUCGUUUUUGGAAAGAAAGGCUGUCUCUUGGUGUCCAGGAAAAAGAAGACUAGCAUCAGGCUGGGGGCUCUGCACAAUUCCAGGACUCUCUCUCUGGCCAAUGAAGGGUGGGAAGAAUCUCAUUCUGUGGGUAUCAGACGAUUCCUGUGCAAAAAGCAGCAGACUGUAGCGCCCCCCAUCCCCCAGGUGAUUGCCUGUACAUAGCUGGCUUUCCCACCCUCCUCUCACUGGCCAUCUUGCAGACAGACCCCAGGUACGUCACCUUCAUUAGUUGUGUUGGUCCGUCACACCACUGAAGUGGAAAGUGGCACAGCACAGUGGCUAGCCUCAUCGCAGUCUCCACAAUUUAGGAUUGGCUGUCUCCCUGGCUCAAAGGUCAGGUGCCUUGUGGGCAGGGCCCUCUGUUCAGUCCUGCUUGGUGUCGGGAAGGGGUGAGGUGCAGAGAGGACAGUCGGAGGCCCAGCCACCUGGGCAGGUGCGAGGGAGAACAGCCAACGGGUGUCCCCUUGGAGCUGUCUAGGCUUAAACAUUAGACUUGGAUGCCCCCCACUGCUGUGUGUGAGCCUCCCUAUCAGUCAACUUAAUGAGAAGAGCUUAAAAACAAACAAACCCUUUCUUCCCUCCCCAGGGUUCUUUCAUGUUCUCAAAGGUCUGACUGACAGCUUUGAAGGCCCUGCUUCUGCCCAGAGAGCCAAAGCAGCAGCAGGAGGGGGCGUCUGCACUUUGUAAACAGUCAGCCCAUGCCCUCCCUGACUGGAUGGGAGCUGGAGCCUCUCUGCCCCAUUUCCAAAUUGCGGGCUUCCUAGGAUGGGAGCAGUUAUCCCUGAGUUUAAAGGGCGGUCGAUAUUUUGAAGUUCCUGCGGGAGAAGAUGAGAGGAUGAAACAAGAUGUGUUACAGUUUGCUGCAGAAAAUUAACAGAGUAGCCCUAGUUUGGUUUUUGUCCAAAUAUCUCAAUGGAAGAAGACAAGCUCUGUGCACAAGGAAGCUGCCAGAGGCCCACACCCCUUUCCCCGCUGGUUGUACCUGUUUGAAAGGUGCCCCUCCCCUCCAAAUGAAGAAUUCUAGGGAGUCUGCAGCUCCCUUCCAGGCCUUCCUCUCCUGGAGUAUCUGUCUUGUACUUGUGGAAUAUUCUGUUCACCACUCCCCAAAUCCCCUCCAAAGCCCACCACCCCUCCCCUUCCACCAGUUCUUAAGAUAUGGGAGCUCAUCUCAUUUGCCUUUGUAUCCCCAGUGGUUAGCAGAUUUCUUCCAUAGAUGUUUGUUAAGUAAAAGAAACUCCUUUCACCAUAGAUGUGGCUUUAUUACAACCUAGCAAUGGCCCACCACCAGUCUACUUUGAAUCUUACCACCAGCUUAGAGCAGAAUGUAAUGACACUCCCUCAAUGAUGCAUUUCAUAAGUGGUUUUUUUUUCUUUUUUUUUUUUGUAUUGCACUCCCUGAUUCAUGCUGUCUAGCCACAAUUCACGCAUGUGGGAGCACAAUUUCAGACAUUUGAAAAACGAGUUGACCUAUGAUGUUGUCUCUGAAACCCCCAAACUCUACACAGAUGGUAGAUUGAUGACAGUUUUGUCAUAUUGGAUUCUAUCCUUGGCAUUCUUCAGUUUCUGGUCUCCCAAUCUGUUUCUUUCUCAUCUCCCAUCUCUGUCUCUGAUAACGGCAGUUCUAAGUAUUAGCAGCAAGCAUGUUUGAAGCACUGCUAGAGGCUUCCGGUGCAGCGAUCUUCGCUUUGGGACUUGUACACAGAUAUUUAGUUUAUUAUGGCCGGUUCUAAAAAUUUAUGACCUAUGAAGAGUUUAUUUUCAGUAAAACUGAGAUCAGAAUUGGACAUUUAAUCUGAAAUCCAUAUGGCACUGAGAUGUGCAGUGCAUGAAUGCACUUUGUAACCUGUAGAGGGCAGCCUGUGAGGAGAGACUGGGGCUUUGGAGUCCACAGAUUUAGUCUCAAAUUCCAGGCCCUGCACCUUGCGGGGAUUUGUGUGAGUUACCUUUUUCUUUCCUUCUUUCUUUUCCUUCUGUUUUAACAAAGCACGAAAAAAUUAACCGUAUUCCAGGCUUCCGUUCCUUGCCCUGUAAAGUGAGCGUAAAUGAUCUGGUUCCUUUUGACAAACAGUAUUUUAAUUUGCCAGCCAGCACAACUGUGCUGGGCUCAAAGGUAGCAUUUGUGGCUAGUAUCGUUGGGACACAACAGAAGAAUUAAAAGAAAUAGAAUUGGCGUCAUGUCUAGUACAUUUUUUGGCUCUUUCUUAAGCAGCGUAAGUGGCAUAGGGUUUUGUUUGUUAGUUUCGCUCUUGCCUUACCUUCUUAUAUAAUACCUUAUUCUUUGAGAUGACUUAUGAUUGAUUUAACUUACAACCCAGACAGUGGCUUUUGUGGGGGGAGGGAGAGGUUGAGGAAGAAAAAAAAGAAAGUCCUGGAUAGAAAUCCCCUGACUUUGAGUCCUCCAUGGGGCACAAGCAAACAGAAUUUUAAUCUGCUGCUUCUAGUCCACAUUUGGUGUUCAGUGGAACAAACCCUCUUUGAAACUGAAUGCCUACUUAGCAGCCAGUGCUCAUUUUGGCGGCGGGGGUCGGGCUGGGGGUGGGUUCCUAACCACACUGUGCCCUGAAAGAUUAGACCUGCAUGAAGUGCAGCCUCUGCUUAGAGAGGUAAUCAAGUAUUAGGAGGAAAAAAAAAGCAGAAGGACUUUGAAGUUGCAUAAACUUCGUCAUUUGGGAUUUCUGAGGUUCUUAGAAAUGACUUCGCCUUUGUUGUCUCCAAAAUCAUAGGCUUUGCCGAUGCACCACCGGGUAACAGAGUUAGAUGUCCCUGGCACAGAGUGAAUACUUGUUCAAUGAAUGGAGAAAGCACAGCUGAAAUGAUUUAGAGAAAGGGGAAAAAAUUAAGAAAAAGGAAGAGGGACAAACAAUUGUCACAUGUCCAGAUUGCCAACAGUGGAAUCAUGACAAAAAUUUUCUGAAACUGAAGAGCCCUGUUGUUUAAAAUAAAAGGCUGAAUAAAAUGGGGUCAAAGCAAAGGAGCUUUGGAGUCAGUUUGGAUUCAGAUACUGACUCUGAUGCUUCCAAGUUGUGUGACAGCCAGGGCUGGCUGUGGGACCCUGUGUGAAAUUAGAAUGUGGAGCCAUUUAUUCAAAAAACAGGAAAGAAGUGCCCUCCAAGGUACUAAAACAAAAUGUUUUGCCCUUUCCUUCCCACUGCUUCUCUGCCCUCCUUUCCCUUCUCUUCCUUGCCUCUUGAAUUGUCACAGUAUUUUUAAUAUUCUAAGUAAAGAAAAAUUAAAAAUUUAAUUAUUGGUAUGAUUUUUUCUGUUAUUGUUAACUCGUGCAAUGCCAGUUUUAAAUGCAAAUUUAAAAGCAUUUAACUCAUUUGCAUAAUCACUGAAGUUACACAAUUUGUAUUUCAUAGCUGUUACAUUCCUAUGUAUUUCUUUCUGACCAGAACAGAGGAAACACUGCCAAAAACUAACUCUGUUGUUUUUAUUUUACUUCUUGAUACAUGCUUGUUUUACCAACACAUUCUACCUUCAGCUUCCUGAUGAGUAAGGCAGGGAUUUCCUUCUGUGUCACCAUUUGGAGCACAAGUGUUUGGCCAAUACAAGGAAAUAAGAAAGGACAUGAUAGGGGCCUUCAUCGGUUGUGUUUCUUAAAGUACAAUUGCCUUACUUUUGUGUUUGAAGCUAGUUCUGGUUCUAACAGAAAGCAUGGCCUCCGGGAGCUAUGGGAUCCUCCACUUGUCGUAGAGGUACCAUACUCACCUUGCACUCGUUUUGAGUCCUGCUGAACUCCCAAGCAUUGUGACCUCACCAGAGUCCUGUGCUCACGAGGCAUCAUGAAUGUUAGACAACUUUCAAGUGGGCAGCAAGGAACGAUGGAUAGGAUGUGGCACACAUAUGACCCAUGUCUGCUUCAUCGUUCCACUCUCUCCCAUCUGACUUCAGGUACAGCACACAAAGUCAAAGACAGAGUUAUUGAGAACUUCAGGCCAGUGGCAGGAGAACAUUAAAACAAGUGUGGCUCUUCUGGGUGUCGGGUCCCACAUGACUGCACAGUCACAUGCCCAGCAAGCCAGCCCUAGAAACUUCUGAUGGAUUCUUAACCUCAAGGAGUCUUCAUUUCUUCAUCAUAAAAUUGAGGCCAUAAUAUUACCUAACUCGUAGGUUGUUCUUCUGUUUAAAUGAAGCCAUCUUUAUAAUUUAUUACUAAUAUCCUUGGUACCUAAUAAGCCUUUAAUAAAAGUUAAUUCCUGCCCCUUCUACUGCUGAGCAAGUUUUCCAAUGUGAUGGCUCUGUUGUGGUAAAGACAACCUAAUGCAAAUGCAAGUCAGGGUCCUUAAAUGUCACCUCUGGAACUGAGCAGGCUGCAAACAAAAUUUUAUAAGUCACAAAUGUAUUUUAUUAUCUCUUGAAAACAGUGUACAAAUGAAUAAACAAAUGAAACAUAGUAGCCUAAAGGCUUUGGAGAACUAAUCCAUUUUAUAAAAGUAUAAGGCCUGAAUUCCAGUCCUACAUCCCUUUAAGUGUGGGCAACUUGCUUUCCUCCUCUGUACCUCCGUUUCCUUGUGUCUAAAGUGAGAGUGUCACACAUGUCUGACAUGGGCCCUAAAAAUUGUUACAUCAUGGCUUAGUGUCUUACAACGACGAUGGACCUAAGGUAAAAGUUAAGCCACAUAAAUAAAUGUUCGUAAUAAGGAUGAGAUGGAGAGAAGAGGUGUGACGAAUUUUACUAUUGCUUACUACCUAUUACUGUUACCUGUUGACCGGGUGCUUUCAUGUGUUAAGCACCAUACAGCUUUCUUUCUCCCCAGACAAGGCUCUUCCCUAGCAGAACUGAUGCACGUGUACAGCACGUCAGUAUCACGUAGACACAUACUGCUUUGUAGCCACAUUUCACCCCUGUAGAAACUCUAAGCAUGUGCUCUCUGCAUCUGUUUAAAGGGUCCUGCAUAAAUAAAGCUCUCUAGGUAGGCUGAAAUGCCUGGAAUUAGUACCCUUCUAAGGGCAGAGUUUUCUUGAUGGAGUAAGAUACAGUAGUGUGCUGGAGUUGGCUUGUACCUUUUCAGGAAUUUUAUGAGCCAGUUUAAAAACAAAGAUGGCAAAGACUCCACACUCAUCACUUUCUGAUUCUUUUAUUUCAUUUUGCAAUUUAUUUCAUAUUAUCUGCGCUCUCGGAAGUUAUUUACUUUUAUUGUAUCUGUGUGGUGGAAAUACUCAUACAAUGAUGAGCUCUUGCGCAUCGCAUCCCCGUUCCGUUCGGUAACAUCCCAUUGGUAGUUUGAAAUUGGCUAUAGUGGAAGCGUUUACACCAUAGAAUGGGCAAACACUAACAAUCAGGGUUCUUCCUCCACUCCCCCUCCCUGAGAGAUGAUUGUAAAACAUUUAAUAGCACACUACUGAGUAGGAAUCAAAUUUACUGUCGGAGUUCCUUUUGGAAGAUUUGUUAAAAGCUGUGGCUAUUGCAGACUAUUAGAGAACCCAUUAGAAAGUGUGAAAAGGGAAAAGGACAAGAAGAGAAUGAAGAUUCUUUGAGCAUCUGUGCCUGGCGAUACAUUAAUUGCCUUUCCUGUGGAGCCCAAUUAAAAUCUUCCUGAAGGCGGGCUAGGUUGUAUGAUAUUACAUCUGUCUUCCAGUUGAAGAAACUGAUCUGAGGUGUAAUAACCUGCCCAAGUUGAUACAGCUAAUAAGUGAAAAAAAGCUUAUGUUGGAAAUGUAUCCGAAUCCAGGUAUUUGUUACUCAAAUGCUUAUUAUCUUUGCCUUCUUGAAUGGGAAAUGUGAAUACAUUUUGCAAAAAGAAUAGUGUUAAAUGCUAUAGUAAGAUUUUUGUGAGUAUAAUGAAUUCCAUAUUCUGUCUUUCAUUCAAGUAUUUGUACAUCACACGCUGAAAGUAAAAUGUGCCAAUCACUGGUCAUGGAAAGGUUCUACCCAGGAAGGAAUAGUUACCUAUGAAGUGUUGCAGGAACAGGGGAGAAGACCAAGGGCCAUCAGAGCAGGACGCUUAAGAAAACAACCCUUGCGUAGGCUUGCAGGUGUGUGUCUGGCAGUGCCUGUAGUCUCCAGGGCUUGAAGUGCUGCAGGGAGAGAGGUUGGUUUUGGUAGAGGUAACAAGAAUUACAGGAUUGUGAUCAGGCAGACAUCUGUGGGUAGUUUGGAGAUUCCAGCCAGUGGGUUGAACAUUGUUUCUGUGGAAUGCGGUUGCCCAUCUUCCCAGCCUCCUCUGGCUUUUACUCCCUGGAUCCCUUCUAGUGCAGUCCUAGGGGCAUGCAAUCCAAAGGAAAGUUUUGACAUGACAGGAUCAUGGGCCAUGCCCACCCAGAUUUCGUUUCAGUGAGUCUGGGAUAGAACCCAGGUAGUUGCAUUUUAAACACACCUCCUUAGAGGUUCUGAGGCAGCACCAGUCACCACACUUCCAGAAAUAAUAUUGUUUUGUAGCUUCUGUGCUGUCUUCCCAAGUAAGAGGAAAGAACACGCAUGUAAUGAUAAUAAUAUCUCUUCCUAGCUCCACAUCAUCUUUUAUACCCAGUCUCUAUCGAUCCCCACAAUUACCUUGUGAGAUGUUCAGAGCAGUUAAUUACUCUUCUUAUUUUACAGUUGGGAGAACUGGGGAUGGGAGAGGUUAAUUAAGUAGUGCCAGGUCCUACCUUUAGCAAACGGAGGACCCAGAUUUCUCAGUGUUUUGCAGGUGUAUUUCCUUGGUUGCACAGUGCCCCAUAGUGGCUACUGCCUACACGUUCUACAGGUGCCACUUCAUCGUGAUCUGCUCUGGGACCAGCCUCAGAAACAUUGUGCGUUAGACGGGGGGUCAUCUGUGCUCCCCAAAAUAUUUGGAACCCCGUUGGAAUGAUUCUACACACUUUACAGUGUGUAGUUUUGUUCUUGAGGUUCCUCAUUCCCAGUUUCUGCAGCAUCCUGUUUAGCUACAGAACUCCAAAACACUCAAGAAGCAAAAAUCCAUGAUCCAAUCUGUUCUGUAUCAUUGGAUGACAAGGAGCAUAUCGUGAGUAGAAUAGAUUUCUGUAGGUUGUAAGUAUUUCGGUCCCUUUCCAUCACUUAAUGACAGAGAACAAGAGAGCAAACGUGAGCCAGGCAACCUGUCUUCUCAUUCUGUGUCUGCCUCCAGCUAGCUUUGUAACCAUAGGUAACUCGCCUCGUUUCUCCAGACCAUGGGCUCCUCAUUUGUAGAAAGAAAUUUGGAGUCCUUGUAAGGCCUGUCCCAGCUGUAACACACAUGAUGGCAAACUACCAAGGGAGAAAAAUAUCCCCAGGAAUACCAUGUUCUUUAUCUUUUCUAAUAGAAAAAAAAAAAGACAUUUACAUUAUAAGCAGUGCACUCGUGAUUCUAUUAUUGUAUUCAUUUAUUUUUAGGUUGGGAAAAAUAGAAACAUAUUUUAUCAAAUUAAUUAGAUUUAAAAUAGCUCAAUGACUUGUUUUCUCCAGCAUUUAGUCAUUUUCUUGGCUGAUUUGCCCUGUCUCUGUCUAGAAAUGUUUUUUCUAUGCCCUGCCUCAGGUUGGUGCCUGGGUAAUAAAGUAAAGCCUAAUAAAAGUAAAAUCCUCUCAGCCCAUGCUUCUUACUUGUUUUCACUUAGACUGAUAUUUUGUUUUAUUGCAGAAUUGGGACUAACAAUUUUACUCUGAGUUAAGCAACCAAGACAGAAAUGCUUUUUUUUUUCUUCACGUAAUUCAGUGUAAACCCAUAGUAGCCAUACAUGCCUUAACUUGAACUUUACAUUCUGAGAGAGCCAGAACAUUUUUAGGGUAUUUUUUUUUCUUUGAAAUCAAAGUAAUAAGCCUACGCUGUUCAGAAAUGAAUUCUAGGUAUAGAUUUUUGUCAAAUUCAUCUGACACUUUAAAUAAAUUUCAGACUGAUGAAUUCAGUGUUUGUUUGAUACAGAUCAUAAACAUUUUCCUUUCUUGAAAAGCAAUCUAGGGAGUAUGUAUUUGUACUGUAGUUAAUGCUGUGUUAAGUCAGUGUAAUAUAGCUGCUGCAAACAUUUGUAGAGCAAAGAAAAAAAGCCUUUAUUUAAAUCUUGCCAAGAGCAGAAAUAAAAUGAGCAAAAAGCACACUGGAGUGAGAGGCAACAUAAAGAUUGGUACUGCUUCACGACUCUGGUGCAGCAGCAUUAGCAUUUCAUUUAAGCUGCAUAUCAUAUACGGAAUGAUCACUCGUAAUUUCAUAUCUGACUGUGCGGCUUCAAGAGAUGUUUGUUGAGUGAAUAAAUGAUUGAUUAGUGCUUUCUUUUGUGAUACAGAACUGUCAUUUAAUCAGCGUGGAAAUUAGUUGCAGAUACCCUUAUUGUAAUUCCAUUUGUAUAUUUACAUAAGAGUAUGAAAUAAGAAUGAAUGAGGUUGGAUGCCAAUAAGAAUGAAUGGAUUGGAGGCUCAUGCCUGUAAUCCCAGUGCUUUGGGAGGCCAAGGGCGGGCAGAUCACUUGAGGUCAGGAGUUCAAGACCAGCCUGGCCAACACGGUGAAACCCCAUCUCCAUCAAAAAAUACAAAAAUUAGCCAGGCUUGGUGGCGGACACCUGGAGUCCCAGCUAUUCGGGAGGCUGAGGUGGGAGAAUCACUUGAACCUGGGAGACAGAGGUUGAAGUUAGCUGAGAUCACGGCCACUGCACUCCAGCCUGGGUGACAGAGUGAGACCCUGUCUCAAAAAAAAAAAAAAAAAGAAAAGAAAAAAAGAAAGAAUAAAUGAACAUCUAUUUUAUUUAGUAAUGAAAUAUUCUUGGCUGACACAGGCACAAUGAAGACUUCACCAGUUAUUUCCACUAAAUUAUAGGAUCAUGGAAGAUAAGAACAUGUUGUAUUGUCUUUUUAAUCCCCACCAUCUAGCACAGUGCCUGGAUAUAUAAUAAAUGUCUAAUCCACACACACAGACACACAAUUACAUAUAAAAAUGGGUAUUCUCAUCAAGGGGUAGGUUGGCAGUUUAUAUGCCAUGACCUAUUCACAAAUUGGGAGAAAGAGAUUUCUAUAGGUCAAAGAGAGGUUAGGGCAGUAAGGAAAAAGGGCCAGGAUGGGCUGAGAUGAGAAGAUAAACAGAUUACUUGUUUUAUACGGAUAUUAAAGCAGAAUUCCUCAGGCUUUGUGAUUCUUGGUGUCAUCUCAGAGACACACAAUUUUUAGAUGGUGUUUUUCUUCGCCUUUGCUGUGCUAUUUUCCUGUGUCAUCCUAGUUAGUUUUAUGUUCAUAGUCUGAUGAUUUAGCCACAAUUAGGGUCUCAUUCUUCUACUCUUCUUUUAAUUUUUAUCACUGACAUUUCAAGAGCAGAUUCAGGUUUCCGGCGUUUGGCGUGGGUGCCUCCUAAGUGUGUUAGACUGUAAAACUGCUGAAGCCAGCAAAAGUUUUGUGCAGUCAAUCAAAGCAGGGAGGGUAUAACUAUGUUACUGUUUUCACUUUUCUCUUUUUCUAGUUCCAUGCAACACAAAAUAAACUUUCAGACAUACUUCUAAGUUUCCAUAUCCAUUGUAUAUGGUUGAGUUUUAGCCAAAACCAUUUGUGAGGGAAGGCCUUUACUGAUCUGGGAUGGGGAUGCUGAAGCCCAUUGCACCUUAUUCAUGUAAUUAGACGUGAUAAAAACACUAAAAUUAUAUUUCAAAAGUUAUUGUUAGUGUAUUUCAUAGAAGCUUCUUUCCAUAUCACAAUGUGUGUAUGGAGUCAGUAACAAGUGGUUUGAUCUUUAUAAAGAGGACCUGUGAUACAGCCAUGUACCUGCCCGUGUUGCAGUACAUGGUGUACAGCUCUCAGCUGCCCUACCCUUUGCAGCUCUUGUUUCCUCCAUGUGAGAUGCACUCCAUCCCCAAGUACCUAACCCCUCACUAGCCAUUUGUUCCCUGCUUAAAUUUUUCUGCCUGCAAAAGACCUUCCCAGGCUCCCCCAUUGAAAUUAUGCCCUAAGUCUUUUGUCUCACCACAGCACCUUAAGCAUUUCCUCCUCAAUCUCCUUCCUGGACUGACUGAGUACUUACUGUGUGCCAGGCACUGUUCCAGGCUCUGAGGAUGCAUGGUCAGCCAGAAAGACAGAUCACCCUGCAGGAGCUUAGAGCUCACUAGAGAAGAAAGGCAGUAAACAAAUAAGCAUAUCCAGUGGCAUCAGUACCAAAAAUCCAAACAAAGAUGUCCAAGAGAGGUAGAGAGAAAGGGAUGCAAACAUGCUGGAGGGAAACCCUUACUGAAUAGGUGGCAUUUGAGCUAAGACUUCAACAAAACUAGGAGGAAGCCAAGCUGGGUUCUAGAGCAGGCUUGUCCCAGGCAGAGGGAAGGGCCCAAGCAAAUGGCCAGGAGCUGUGUGAGCUGACUCAGGGGCAGCAAGGGGUCGGGUAGGAGGGAGCAAGGAGCAAUGGGUAAGAGAAGAGAGCAGAGAGAUGAGCAGGAACACAGCCUUGUAGGCCACGGCAAAGGGUAUCUUGUUUUUUUUUUUUUUAAAUUUGAAGUAUAAGGAAGAAUAAUGGAGGGUUGCGCACAGAAAUUGGCCAUGUUACAGUUCCAUUUGAAAAGUGUCACUCCGACAGCUGCAUGGAGCAUCUACAGAAGAAAGACAGGAUAGAAGCAGGGAGACCAGUUCAAAAGUUCUUCAUAGUUCAGGUGAGAGGCGACUAGGUCCACAUGGGGGCAGUGGAGAAGGCAACGCAUUGUCAGAGUCUAGAUGUGUUUUGGAGUUAGGGUUAUCUGGGUUUGCUGGUGGUUGGGAUUGGAUGUGGUUGUAAGUGGAAAAAGGAAUCAAGAAAAACACCAGAGUUUUAGACCUGGGCAACUGAGUGACUGGCCAUGCUAUUUACGGGAUGGGGAAGACUAAGGAAGGAAAAAAGAAUAACAAAUAUUUGUUUGGACAUUAAGUUUGAGAUUCUCAGAACACAUUUAAGUGGCGAUAUCACAUAGUUUAUUGAUUAUGUGGAUCUGCAGUCCAGGGGAGAAACCAAGGGUAUAGAUAUCAACAUCAGUAUAUAGAGAACACAGCACAAUUAUAACUGUGCAUAUGUGUAUCAGAUGUGUAUUUUCCAUCCACUUCCAAAAGUAUUCAAAAAAUGCAACUUUAAGUUCAACUUAGGCUGUAUUUUGAGACCCCAUUCCACCGAGAACAGGGAAAUUUUACUGUCAAUUCAGCCAACCCUUUUAGGUGAUUAAAUAAAGUUGACAUUGUAAACAUAGGUUCUUUAUUCUCCCUCUAAUUCCUGGGGGCAUAGACAGCCUCAUGACAUCAGGAAGAUUGUCUAGUCCUUAGUUAGCAUCCACUUGCACAUAUGUUGUACUGUCGCAGCAUUGGCAGCCAGCCUGGUCUCCUGCUUUGUGAAGCAUUACAACAUGUGCUGCCAUCUGCUGCCUGCCCCCACUCCCAUGCCUGCACACCUUCUUCUUUAGUUGUGCAGAUUUUUCCUUUUUUGGGGCCCAUCUGGCUGUCCUCCCUUGCCAUUCUGAGCACAGACAACUCUGGCUCACACAUUCAUCACAGUGCUUCCAUUUCCAGUGGGGUGGGGAAUUCCUGCAAGAUCCUCACAUCUAAGAUGCAGAGGUGCAGAGUGGAUCACGAUCCCUUCUACGUUCAAUCCCCAAACUUACCUAGGGCUCUAGUGUCCUCUUCCUCUUGGUGCUAGCCCAAUAGGGUUUGGUGUUGGCAGGAUAUGGGAAUCCUCUUUGGAGACACUUGCUGGUCUCUAACUCAUCUACUUCAACUCCCACUCUUGUUUUCCAUCAGCCCAGAGAUAAUUUUUAUCUUCCCUUGGCCAAAAGGAAACUGGCUUAGCAAGUAUUCUUUCCAUUUUUUGACCUUCCUUCUUCACUCCUUGAAACACAGCUUUUGAGCUUAAAAGCCAAGAAUUGACAUUACUCCCCUCUGAUUCCUUUGCCCCAAUUAUCCUUUAGGGCUGGGGAGUCUUGUGUUUAUCACUGUGAAUGGAGGAAGGUUGUAGGGUAAAAGGGAAUGGAAAAAAGUCAAGUAAAACUACACAGUAUCCUGAAGAAUUUGUGUAAUUUCUCUCUUUGCCACAUUACUGUCAGCUGAGUGCGGGAGAAGUUCUUUUUGAUUUGCUCAGCAUUUUUACCUAGACUUCAAUACAGAGCAGGUGCUCCAAUGUCUGCAAAAUGAGUAAAGUGAGUAAAAAACAUGAGUAUAGCGAGUAAAAAAGUAAAAUGAGUAAAGUAGGUGAAUGUGUAGUGCACGAUCAGUUCUGUGCUCAUGUGUACACAUGCGCACAUAUACAAAAGAGCUUUUAUGCUGCUGUUCACAAGGGAACAGUGACUCACUGGCCAUGACUGGAGUUUAUUGUUAAGAAGAAGAUAUGACAGCAAGCUAGUCCUCAGAGGUAGAAACCUCAAAAAUUAUUUUGUAAUAUUCAGAAAUUGCUCAUAAUCUAGUAGUAUCUUUCUUACUGGCAUUGAAAAGUGAACACUGGACAAGUAGACUGGAGAGAAAACACCUGACCUGUGUGUAGGUUAUUCUUGUCAGCGGCGAGGCGUUGUUCUUGAGUGUCACCCCAGCAACCUCCUUCGGCCAUGCUGCUCACACCUGCCCAAAGAGGCCACUCUAUGGACAGAGAACACUCAGGUCAAGAUGAUCAGAGGGCAGAGCUGAAAACCCUACACUAAGAAAUUUCUUUGAAGGGCCAUAUUUUGUAUUAAAUAUUCAAGUUGAUUUUAUAUUUGACUCCAGAACAUGUGUGUAUAUGUGUGUGGUUUUUCUGGUUUUGUUUUGUUUUGUUUUUGAGAUGGGGUCUUGCUGUGUUGCCCAGGCUGGAGUGCAGUGGCACAAUCUCAGCUCACUGCAACCUCAGUCUCCUGGAUUUAAGCAAUUCUCCUUCCUCAGCCUCAUGAGUAGCUGAGAUUACAGGCAUCUGCCACCACACCCAGCUAAUUUUUGUAUUUUUAGUAGAGACAGGGUUUCAGCGUGUUGACCAGGCUGGUCUCAAACUCCUGACCUUAGAUGAUCCUCCCACCUUGGCCUCCCAAAGUGCUGGGAUUACAGGCAUGAGCCACGGUGCCUGGCCGUAUAUGUGUUUUAAUAGAAAAAUUAAUGAGUUUCUCUCAGCCCAAGUCUUCUAUUAAAAUCAACACCUCAUGGCUGGCUUUUCCAGUCACUUCUAUGGAUAAUGUAUCCCAUCAUAAAAAGCAAGAUGUUAGGUCAUUAGCAACUUGGCAUUUUCUUUGAAUAAGGUCUUAAAAUUCCAUCCUCAAAAAUAAAACUUAAGUAAUGUCGAUACUACUCUACCACAGCCUUUACAAAGCCUUGCAAAGCAAACAGCUUCCAUCUGCACAUGCCCAGAAAAAUGCUUACCUGUCUAUGAUUUUCACUGGCACCUCUGCAUCUGCCAAGGUGAUUUUUGUGUAUACCAGGAUCAUCUUUUCAUUUACACUUAUUUUAUGAAACCAAAAAUUGACCCAGAUUCCUGUGGCAUAUUAUUAAAUCUAAAUAUUGACUGUUCCUCAUGUCAUGAAAAUUGAAAAAAUUGGUAGAAUAUCUAAAUUCAAAAUGUUCUUGCCAAUGCAUUUUUUCUUGUUUAUUUUCAACAACACUGGGAGGUGAUGAGAGCAGAUGUCAUUGUCAAAUGUCUUUAUUUUGACUGCCUUCAAAGAUACCAGGUCCUGUCCUAGCUUCACCACACAGUAACAAGCAGUGCUUUUAAGUAAUUAAUACCUUGCUGUCACUCAUUUUUCUCAUCCAUAAAAUGGGCUUGAUCAUAGCUCCUCAAUCAUAGGAUGUGAGGGAAACUGAAAUGGUAACUGCUCAACACCAUAGUUGGUGCCACGAAUGUCAAACAGAGGAGGGUAAAAUCUCAAGGGUAUUAGUGAAAAAGCCAGGUGAAGCUUUUGUCCUGGAGAUGAGCAACAACUUGGGUAGCCAAUCCUCCCUUUUCCCUUCCACACUCAAGUCGAGAUCUUGAACAAACCCAUUUGACGGACAGUUUGGGUCUACAGAGACUCACACCAUGAUCCGUGUCUCUCAGUGGACUUGGGACUCCUUUUCUGUGGGAAGGAUUAAAAGGUGGAGUGAGAAGCCAGGGUUGUUAUCCUUGGGUUGUCCCUCAACAUGGAAAGAGGAGAGAUGCCAUUAUCCUAGGCAGUUAGGAGCCAAGAUGGAAUACGUGAGUGCUUAGCUCAGCCUGCAGGCACACAGCAGAGCUGGGAUUUUUACAUAUCUAUUGUUUAUGGGAGUUAUAGUUUAUUUGCAUUUUCUCUUUUAAAAUAUGUUAUUCUAUGACAACUCUGUGAGGUUGGGAUGCUCUUCAUUUUACAGAAGAUGCAGCCAAGGUGCAAAGAGGUAAAGAAACCUGUCCAAGUUUACAUGGAUAGUAAAAGUCACGAUUGUAAUCGUUGUUCCACCGGAAGCUCAGCGCUCUGUGAAGCUUUCAUAAACCAUUAUAGCAUUCAGUAAUUCUUGUCUUGACUGGUCAUGUCAAGACCAGAAGAAAGCUUUAAUUAAAUCUGGAGUUCAGUGUAAAAUGUUAGAUGUAUGUUUUGUGUUACCAGAUCAGCAAGAAUUGUCACUUAAGGGGAUUGAUUUGGAAAUAGAGAUGUAAAUAUAAAUGAUUUGUCUUAUUUUAGAACUUUUUACAACUUUUAUUACAACUUUUAUAAAUUUUCAUUGUUUAAAAUUAUUAAAUACUUUAUGUGGUAAAAUAGAAAAACUAAUAUAAUAAGAGUUUAUGUACCUAGAUGUAACACAUAUUAAUAUUUUGCCAUAUUUACUUCCAAUUUUUGUUUAUAAGGAAGGAAUACUUUAGUAAUGAAGCAGGCAUCCCCUCUCUCACUCAUCCAAACCCCUUUCCUCCGUCCUCAGAGGUAGCUACUAGGUGAUUUAUAUUAUGUGUUUAAACAUUUUACAUAAAUGGCCUAGUUCUGUAUGUUUGUUUUGCAGCCUCUAUUUUUCUCUCAACUGUUACACAGGAAGUUUACCCACAGAGAUGGAGCUAAGAGAUUUAGCUUUGCUUUAUCUUUUUAAGUGUAGCUCUUACCACAUAAAACACCAUUUCCAAAGAGAGAAACAAAUGCCAUGUGGGGCCUUUGCAGUCCUCUGAAUGGGUGCCCCUAAACACCCUUUCUUCCCUGGGUUCUUGUGAGAGGCCUCACUGGUCUGGACUGAAGAGAGAUUCUGGAAUUUGAAUCUAUAGUAUCCUUUUGUUCAUACUUGUUACUCAAGCAUUUAAAUACUUCCCAAGAAUGAAGUCACUUCUCCAGGGGCAAGGUAUCAUGUGCUAUAUAUGCCACCUUAUGAUAGACUUAAUAAAUAUUUGCUGAAUUAUAGCAGCAUAAAUUAUAAUAAGCUGAUUAACACAGUGAACCCAUUAGAAGACAUUUAUCAGGUAUUCAGUCCCUGACAGGGUUACUUUUUAUGACUGAGACACUAGAGAGAGGUCUUUAUUUAGGCAGGCCUUAUUCUGUGCUUAUUAGCUUGAGUCAGACACUCGUGUUUAUCUAAACCGGGGCGUGUUAGUUUAUUGUCAGUUAAAGAGAGGUGCCUCCUGGUAAACCAUCAAGUUUAUACGCAUGGCACCAAUACGGUGUAUUAUAAUGCAUAUAAUGUAACAUAUAAAUUAAAUUACUCUAUGUAAUAGAUAUUAAAUUAUUUAGUAUAAUAUACGGUAAUAUCAUACAAUACAAUACACUAAUAUACAGUGAAAUCCAUGUGUGUUAUGCCACCUUUUCCACUUUUACAGAAUUUCAAAACUUGGACUGAAAAAUAUUUAUUGUGCUCUCUUUUUGGGCCAGGCACAGUGCUAAGCACAUUACUUUAUUCAUUCAUCUCAUAAAGCAGUGAUGAUCUUACAACUCAUAUUUGAUGAAACUGAGGCUUAUCCGAAAUUAAGGCUUAUCCAAAAUUAUGCAGGUGCCAGCAGGGCUUUCUGGUCAACCGUGCAUGGCCUUUACUCCUCAGAAUAGGUGGCAUUAUCUAUCUCACUCUGUAAUACCCGCUGAAAGAAAUGUGGCCUCUGCUGGUACAGAAGCCUCCUUGUAAAAGCCACCUGCUGGCCACCUGUGCUUUUACCUCAAAGCCCACUUCACAUUUUAGGAGUUCACCUAACCUUUCAAGUCUCAAUGGCAGGUAUACAUCUUCCAUCUUCUUAGUGUUAGCCAUCAGGACUGAAGCGAAUUUACAGCUCCAGUCAUGAGCCUUGGCACAUUUCUGGUAUGAAGUAUAAAUAUUUGAAUGCUAAUUAUUGUAAAACAAACAGGCCACUGAGUCCAAAGCAGAUGAAUGCUGUUUCUGGAAGCCAGCAGACCCUAACUAGUAGGCAGCUUGUGUUGUGUCUCUGCACAAUCACUGAUAGACGUCUGGAAUCAUUUCCACCUCCCCCUUCCUCAACUGGGAGAUGCCCAGAGUGGCUCACAUAUGUGAAUCUUUGCCUUUUAAACUAGUUCCCAUCUGCCCUGUCUCUUGAGCAAAAACCCUGUACUGCUGGAAUGACCUGACCCAGAAAGAUAAUGGUAUCAUCUUCUAAGGGCAGCUCACCCUUGUCCAGCCCCAGCUCACAUGAGUCUGUCCAGCAUACACAUUCUCAUCCCUGGCACACCGGGCCCAGGCAUUCCACUGGCUUGAAAUCACUGAUUCUCCUCCAUACCCGUGCAUCCUUCGACGUCCAGCUCUGGACCUCCUCUUCUUUGAAGCCUUCCAGGCUUACUUUAAUCCAUAUUGCUUGUCAUUUAUUCAGCAGUCCUGGGACCAUGCAACAGCAAAGGCAGAACUGUUUUGCCUUCCUACCGAGGUAGAAAACCCCUGCAACCAUGGGCCUAACACCUGUAGUCUCUUUGGAAAUGUUAGUAAAUUGGUAGCCCAUUCUGCCUAGGCAAAAUCCGCUUGGCAGGUGUCCGAAAACUAAGCUAUCUCUGACAAAGGCAGGGCAUGCAAAAGUAUGGAUUGUAAAGCCUAACUGGGAACAUCAUUUACUCCAGCAAACAAAGAUACGGAUGUCAGAGGAUCACUUGUUCUGCUAAAUGUCGGGAGCUGGAGUGAAAUUAGACAUAGUACUUCGUGGCCAAAAGGAAAAAUAAAUCUUAUUAAAAUUUUAAGGCUGGUGCUUGAGUUGACCCCAGCAAUUUUUUCUGGCUUCGUGUUCUAGUGAAAAAAAGACAGGGGCUUUGGGACAGUAAACCAGAAGGGAACCACUUGGAGCUUUCAUAGGCCUAAGGAGACAAAUAAUGUUUACUAAGGAAUUUGUUGUCAAGAUUAAACUGAGACGAGGAAUUGAGACAAUGUGAGUGAGGUGCUAGAUACAGUGCCCAGCACAGCACAGGCAUUUGGCCAGUGGCAGCCUGGGAUACCUUCGCUGCUCGUGCACCCAUCAGCCCCCUGACUCCUGCCAUGACUGCUGUUAAUGACUCAGGCCUAACCCUACAACAGCCUAACCAUGAUUUUGCCUGGAGCCACCCAGACACCUCUGCCAGGCUGAGCAGCACAGUAAAUGAGGAACCGUUCCCCUCCUGAACCAACCAACAGCCCCUGGUCAGGCAAUGCCAUUACAGUACAUUCCCCCCACUUAUUUUCUUAAUUUCAGACAUUCAUUGAUUGCAGGAGUAUUUACUGGGAACCUUCCACAGGCCAGCCCAUGCUGGUUGGUGGGAAUACAAGAAUGAAUAAGAUGUAGUCCCCACCUUCAGGAACCUUACAGGCAUCCCCAUUGUGGGUUACUCAAACAUCUGAAUUUUACAUUAACCGGAAGCCCAGCCACCAGUGUUUUAAACUUAUGCCUCAACCAAGCGAGGUCACUGGGUCGGCCAGCCCUAGCAGUGCCCUUCCUAGCAGGUGGGAUUGCUCCAUGCAUUCUGGUGUCAAACAGCGCCAUCACAAGGAGGGGGCACUGCCUGCAGGGGGGCUGCCCUUCUGAGGAGGCAAGGACUUGGCAAUCCCGCAGGAUUGUACUCCUUAGAGAGGGGGAUGUCCUCCCGCUACCACAGGCUCCGCUGACUUGGCCGACCUUUUUCUUUCUGUUCUUCUGGACAUUAGCUUAAGAAUGGGCAGAAACUAAAGGGAUAAUGAAUAAGGGAGUGCCUCUUUGGUGUUCUGCCUUUAGCAGUCUGGAGACUUUCUCACAUUUACCAAAAGCAAAGAAAAGAGAAGGGCCCAUUUGUAAAAAGUGCCAAUAAGGGUGUUAAGAGAUAAAAGAAUUCCAGCUGAGGGAGGUAUCUUCCUCUCUGCUGCAGACUGGAUGUUUUCUUGGAUAUGUGACAAGAGCUAAUUUUAGAAAAAAUGAUUCUCGAAAGAAAAUGACUGCUGAAGGCCAUUAAGAUACACGAGUAUCUCACCACAGCUCACAUGCUAAAUCUUCUUUAUUAUUUCAACAUUAAAAUAAAUACUUAGCAUUAGUCCAGACAACUCUUUGACACAAAAAAAGGACGUGAGUGUGUCUCAGACCCACAGAAGACUUGGCCAGCUGGCAAUUAAUAGCAGACACAUCAAUCAAAAUGUGAAAAAAAAAAGAAAGAAAGAAAAACACUCUCCAGUCAAGAAAAUGGGCAAUAAAGCUUGUCAACCACAAGGCUUAAGAGGGACAUUGUUAAAGUGGUAAGACCUAGAAUUAACUUCUCUUUGCCCUUGAACAAAAUAAGAAGUUAGCUGCAUUAACCUUAAGCUGCAUUGUAAUGUUCCUCUGUGGCAGUGUUUACAUUUCAUAGUUUCAUCUGACAACUCGUAAUAAAUUGUGCCUUUUGGAAAAUGUCAUUUCUCUCAGAACAAUUUGAAGGAGAAUUUAAACACUCUUUUGUGCUAGUUUAACUAUCCCUAAGAAAUGUGACUCGUGUCUUUGUUUGGGCAUUAGUAUUUAAGAUGUGGGCACUGACCUUCCUAAGCAAGUGGAACAAUCACCGUGAUUUCCAGCAGUGAGGCACUUUUGAUUUUGCCUCUAAAAAUAGAAGUUCCCUAGAGGCCUGGCCAGAAAGGGCAGAGAACAGGGAGAAAGAAUGGAAAUGGAAAAAAGUAGUCCAAAUAGGCAGAGAACAUCCACUGGGAAUUCACACCUUUGCAUUGCCAGGUAAUAAUGUUAGAAUUGCGGUGGAAAGGAAAAGAAAGUCACACCCAAUCCAGUAUGAGUAUGAUCUUGCCAGUGCUCUUCCCAGGGGAAAACUGGCAAGAACUCGACAGCCCCAGUCACUUAAACCAUCGUAGACAAAGCACAUGUGAAGGUGUGAUUAAGGAGCACUGUCCCAUUGGUGCCUGGGGACAGAUGAUUUGCCUGAUGGGCCUCUUAUAUCCCCCGAUGUCAUUUAUAUCACACCAGCUAAUGAUGGGAUAUGGCAGUGAGUAUUACCGACGACUUUCUUUAAGCUGUAUAAUUAUAAUAUUUCAGAUAUACUAUAUCAGAGGAAAAGAUGUGUUUUCUCUUGCUUAGCCGAGCCUUCCUAUUAGGCUUAUGGUCAUUUCAAGGAAAACGAUGAUCCAGGGCUGUAACAUUGAUGAUGUCCCUUGCCUCUCUCUAACCUGGAUUUGUUACAGAUAUGCUGAUGACUGAGACCCAUGAUGCAGAUCGUGAUUUCUGUAGCAUUUUGCUAGCAGAGGAUUUGACAUUGCCUUGAGACUUAAUCAUUUUGGAGAAUGUUCUCUUGGCAGCAGAAGGUUUGCAGCUCCAGAGGCUGCAGUGGAGGCUUUUGGAUUAUUAAAAGUUGAGACCUAAUCACAAAUUGAGGCAGUGCAGCAAAUCCACUCCUUCCUAUUAUUCCUGUGCAUUAGGAGCCACUUAAGCUCCACCUAAUGAAGAGUCUUCAUUCUUUGCAUUGUAAUACUCCUUUAAAGAUGCUCAGAGAGCUUCACAAAUCCUGCCUCUUUCUACUUCCCAGCACAGCGGGCAGAGAGAGCAAACUCUGCCACAGGGUCCUGGCACCGACACAGCCCCCUCUAUCCUGCCAGGUGCUUCUUCUCUUUAUUUGUGUCCUCUGACAUCCUCUCAUUCUUCUCCCUUCCUUUCCCGUAUGUCAUCUCCCCAUGACAAACAAGGGUAGUUUCUUCUGGGUAGAAACUAGGCGUUUUCAUAUAAUGGAGGCUAUGUCUGUGUUGAUGCAGAGAAAAACACAAAAGCCCUGUAAAAUAUUUAAACCUGAGCCAAUGUGAGUGACCAUGGCCCAGGGAACAGUCUUAGGAAGUCCUGAGAACGUGUGCCCGAGGCAAUUGGGUCACAGGUUGGUUUUACACACUUUAGGGAGACAGGCAUUGUAGAUAAAAUCAUUAAUCAAUACAUGAAAGGUGUGCAUUGGUUUAGCCUAAAGUGGUGGGAUAUUUUGAAAUGUGGGUUUAUAAGUCAUAGGUACAUUCAAAGAUUUUCUGAUUGGCAGUUGGUUGAAAGAGUUAAGCUUUGUCUCAAGGCUUGAAGUCAAUAGAAAUAAAUGCUUGAGUUAAGAGGGGUUGUGGAAGCCAAGGUUCUUGUUGUAGAGAUGAUGCCUCAUAGGUAGUGUCCUUCAGAGAGGAUAGAUGGUACAUGUCUCUUUUGGGAACUUAAAGGUGUUACACUCACAUUUAAUCUCUCCUAGGUCCAGGAAAGGCCUAGAAGGGGAAAGGUAGGCUGCAUUAAUGGAGAUUCUCUACCAAUGCAAAUUUCCCCCACAAAAGACAGCUUUGCAUGGCCAUUUCAAAAUAUGUCAAAGAAAUAUAUUUUGGGGUAAAAUAUUUUGAUUUCCUUCAGGGUCUUCUAACUGUCACGUGAUGCUAUACCAGAGUCAGGCUGGAAUUUGGCAUCUUAUCACCACAAAGAGUUUGGUCAGCUUAUGAUGUCUAUUUUAAUAUUAAUCCUGGUCAGUUGUGUCCACAUAUCAAAGGGAGAGGGAAUAUAUGGAGGCCUGUCUGACCUCCCUUCCAGUCAUGACUGGAAAUUCAGUUUUUCAGGUUUCUCUGGGGUCCAUCUGGCCAUGAGGGGGUCUGUUGGGUCAGUUGAGGCGCUUAGGAAUUUAUUUUCAGUUUACAUCUGUGUCAACCUUAAAUAGUGAGGUUCAGGAAAUAUGAUUAAGUACAGAGUUUAUUUGAGCGCAAAGCUUGAGGCUGGCCACCUGGGAAAGCACCAACUGCAGAUGAAUGGGGUCAGUGUUUCCAAAACGGAGAAGUUAAAGUUUCAAUUAUAUAGGCAGAGUCAGAGAAGUUCCAGCAGAAUCACUGCAUUUUCCAUACAAGACCAGGUAUAUAUGCCACAGCUGUUUGAUUGGUUACAGAUUGUUCCAUUUUAAGCAAGAAUACUUUAUUAUUCCAUGAGGAGGUACAAUGAUCUGAGAGGGUCUUAUCUCUGGUGCUGCUUGGUCUUUCUAAUUAUUUGCAGGAACAAAAAGGCAGAAGUUGCAGCUGUCUGACGCAGGCUACAUAGCCACAUUCCUCCCAAGGCUCAAGAUAAUUUUGAGUUCCAAUAGCUUUAAGUUUGAAUUAUUUUAAUUUUGAAUUAUUUAAUUUUACAUCUGAUAAUUUGAAUCCUGCCAUGAAGUUUCCCAAGUUCACUUUCUCAGCUCAAGUUCCUGCGGCUUCUUGACUCGUCAAACCAAGGUCAUAUUAGAUUAUCUGGUGUGGGGGGGCACUGGCUCUCAGCCCCAAGCCCUCUAGGCCAGAGAUUUUGGGCUCCUCCCAACAGGUCAAAGCUUUGUUUUUGUUGUUUCACUUCCCACCACUGUGCACACAUCUCAUCUUUGCCUCUGUUUUUAAAAAACAUUUUCUGGAGCAAAUGCUGAAAUCAGAAACCUGCAUUUCUCAUUUUUUAGUUGCCCACCAGAGCUGUUGCUCAGUGCAGGGAAACCAGGAAAUGGUGACUACCAGUCAGAAAAAAAAGACUGUCUUUUAAAUCAGCUGCUGCAGCCUUGGUAUUCCCAGCAUGGAACUUCUAAAACUUUUGGAAUUUCCUUAGCGAUAGGACUGUUUUCAUUCUGCUAAUGAGGGAACUCACUUUGUGCCCCCAGAUAGCUUCAGCUUGGGCUCUGAUCACCAGAAAGAUCAACCAGAUGAAAUUGCAGGGUUUCAGGAGGCUGAGGCAGGAGAAUCACUUAAACCCAGUUGGCAGAGGUUGCCGUGAGACAAGAUCGUGCCACUGCAAACUCCAGCCCGGGCGACAGAGCGAGACUCUGUCUCAAAAAAAAAAGAAAAAGAAAUUACAGGGUUUGAACUUUUUGAACUUUGGGCUGCCCGACAUCCAGGGAGAAGAGUGGCACUGGAGAUUAAGUUCACUCACAUGGCCAGUGAUUUAAUCAAUCAUGCCUGUCUAAUGGGAACCCUAAUAACAACUCUGGAUUCUGGGGUUCACUGGAGCUUCUGGUUCAUGAACACACUGAUGUGCUGGGAGGGUGAUACACUCAGAUUCCACAGGGAAAGAGGGUGGAACUGCAUCUCCCCCAGAUCUCACCCUGUGUGCAUCCUUUACAAUAAAACCAUAGCCAUAAAUCUAGUACUUUCCUGACUUCUGUUAGUCAUGUUAGCAAAUUAUCGAAGCUGAAGGGUGUCCUAGAGUCUGGGGAUUGGUAGUUGAACAGUUAAAAGUGUGAGUGGCUUUGAGUAACUUGUGAGUAACUUGCCCGGAACCACAGAGCUAGCAAGCAGCGGAUAAUUACAUGCAAAUCCACACAGCUGGCAUGUGAAAUGAGGGCAGUCUCCUGGAGGCCUGAGCCCUUAACACAUGGGGUCUACACUAACUCCCAGUAGCAAGUGUCAGAAUUAUACUGCAGUGCACCCAGUGGGAUGCAACAGAAUAACUGUUAUUAAGGAUAAUUUUGCAAUUUCUUAAUAGAAUUCUUGAAAUAUUAGAAACAGCUUCUAGACCUUUAUGUUGGUCAUUACAGCUCAAAGCACUGUCCCUGGGUGGACAGGUUAGACAGAUCAUGUGGAAGGUGCUACUCAAAGUGUGGGCCCAGACUAAUGCACAUCCACAACUGUUCAUUACCAGUUCCUGGUAAGAUGUUUACAGAACUUGAGAGCAGGCAUUUAGAAACUUUUAUAGCAAUUGUACAAUGCCAAGACAUUCAGAAAUGGAAAUAUUAAAAUAUCACACAGUGACAAUUUGGGGGAAGAAUUACCCUUCACAACAGAUAGUUUGGGGAGUGUAAAUUUAGAAAAUGUAGCCUUGGUUGGUAUGACCAGAUGGAAUCAGAACUUACUGUGAAAGGUGUGAGCCAUAGGAUGAAGCAGAUGGAUUUGCAUGUAAUAUCUGCUGCUUGCUAGCUCUGUGGUCCUGGGCAAGUUACUUAAUUGCUCUGGGACUCAGUUCCCUCAUCUAGAAAAUGGAUAUGACAGUAUUUCCUAUCUAAUUCGAUGCUGGAAAGACCAAAUAAAAUAAUCCAGAACAAGUGUUAACCACAGACCUGUAUAUAUAGUAAGCUAACUGCGGGUAUUAAUUCUUCUACGCUCGCUUGUUGGCAUCCGUGGUUCCGGCUUGGUUAAAGUAUAUUCUGUCUAUGUAGGUUUGAUGUAUUACUGUAUAUAAAAUCUAUAGCCUUGCUCUCAUGUGAAUACAAAAUAAAGUAAACACAGUUUAAAAGCCACAAUUUAUACAUGUAAGCGAAUGUUGCAUUUUGUAGAAUUCCUCUGAGAUGCUAGAGUCUUAUCUGAAAAUGUUGCAAUUGUUGGAAGCAUUUUUAGGACUUCUUCUUUUUGGCUUAAUUUUUCUUUUUAAUUAUAAUGGGAAUAAGAUAGUUGUAUAUGUUACUGAUGAUUUCUGGAACUUAUUUAACAUUUCCAUUAGAACCUGUUCCAGUGAUCUUCUGAUGUAACAAAUCACCUUAAAAUGUAGGAGUUUACUCAGCAUCGUGCAAUAUGCCCCUGUAACAAACCUGCACAUGUACCCCUGAAUCUAAAAUUUAAAACAAAUACAUAUAUAGGUAUAUAAAUGUAUUUAUACACAUCUAUACAUAUCUCAAACAAAACAAAUAAAAAAUAACUUCGUGGUUUAGAACAACAAUCUAUCAUUAUCACUCACCGUUGACUGACUGGGCUAGACCGGCUCUCCUAUCCGGUCUUCCAUGGGGUUGCAGUCAGAUGUUGGCUGGAGAUGGAGUCAUCGGAAAGUGCAACAGACUGGACAUCCAGAAUGACUUCUUCGCGCUUCACAUUUGGUGCCUGGGCUGGGAUGGCUGGGACGGCUGGGACAGCUUGGGGCUGGCUGGGUAUCUCUCAUUCCACGUGGACUUUCCUAGCUUGGGCUUCCUUGAUGCAUGCUGGGCUAAGCUUAGGGAUAUGUCUUCACUGGUGUCUGGCUUCCCCCAGAGUGAAUGUCCUGAGAGGCAGAAAGUGGAAAAUGCUAGACCUGGGCCUGGUAACUGGCAUAGUAUCACCACAGCCAUAUUCUACUAGUCCAAGCAGUCAUUGAGCCUGUCCUUAUUUAACAGGGGGAGACACAGAACCUGCCUCUCUCUGGGUGGAGGGUCAAAGAAUCUGUGUCCACCUUUAACCUGCCAUAGAGCCACAAAAGGAAUGUAGUUUUCUUAGUUUAGCACAUCCUUUCCCACCAGCGACAUUGUAUGACUUCGCAAGGUGACCACAUUGAGGUAGGAACAUUCAUUUUGAUUUCAGUUCCUAUCUUUUUUAGUGAAAACACAACCAUUGUAUUACAGCCAUGCCCUACAUGCCUUUGUGUUUUGGCAUUGGUCAGCCCGUACUGGGGAAGGAGCGUGGGGGUCACACAUUUCCCCUGGCAGACCCUCCCCUCAGAAUCACCCUACUUUGAGUAUCUGAUUUCUACUAACGACUUCCUUGCAGUCUGUGUUGCCUCCCUGCACGCUUCUCUACCUUACUUACCACCAAGGAAUCUCCUGAAAGCCCAUGGAACCAAUGCCUAACUCCUUUGCUCUCAGAACUUCACUCUCUCCCUAUUUCUUAUACGGCAUGUGCCCCAGACAUCCAGGUAGGCACUCCAGACCCUCCACAGCUGGAAGAGGAUAGCUUUCCAAUUAUGUUUUCCCCAAAUGGUCUUGCUUCUUCUUCCAGCACCCCCACCAAAACACCCAUCAUAGCCACAGACACACAAGGCCCUCUGCAAAACACACACACAAACACCAGCUCAGAUCAUUUACCCAGCCAAUAUUUAUUGAAUAUCUGCCUGUGCUUGGUUUGGUGCUCAGCUUGAAGUUCCAGCAAGCUUAGUUAUUAUUCCACAAACAUACCUUAGGUUAUUUUCCCUUUCCAGGACUUUGCUUAAGUUCCUGAAGUUAGGAGCAUUUCUUAUUAAUGUUUUUUUGUUUCCUUUGGUACCAGGUGCCGUGUGCUACCCACAUAGCAAUACAUAUUAGUUGCAACGCUGUACAGAGGAGAGGUUCAUUCUCUUACAUUGUAUCUUACUUUUCAUCUCUGCCCCUUUUGUUACCCUUUCUCUGAGUCUCAUCUAGAAUCAGCAAGCUCUCUCCUCAUCUCUCCUCCUAUUUCAAGUUUUAAUGUACUUCCCUCUUAUCUCACCAAAAGUUCACUGUAAGGGUGAAGUAGGAGGGUAGUCUUGGGGGCAUUGUUGAAGACAACAGGCACCCUGCAAUAACAUUCACCCACAGACACAGUCACUGAAGCAUUGCUUUAUUCAGUGCCAUUGGUAGACUUCUGGUAUGUUCUAGGCAGCCUUCCAGACUGGGGAGAACAGGAAGAAUCAGAUAGGGUUGUCACUCCUUAGAAGUGCACAGCAGCGCUGCUGUAAAAUCUAUGAGCUCUGAGCUUUCGGUGGUCUGAUAAGUAGACAAAAGAGGGCAAACCAUGCUUACCUCUCUGGCUUUGCUUUAUCAAAUUGGAAUUUUAUAAUCUCAGAAGUAGGGGGAACUUGUGGGCAGGGGCACUACUGUCUAUCAAAGUGGGAAGGCAGACGUGUCCCGGAGUCACAUGGGGAGGAUUUUGCAAAUAUACACUCAUCCAUCGCCUCUCUCCAAAGACUCACCUGAGAUGGCGAGAUCCCUUGUUUUGCAGAGGUUCAUUCUGCCACCCAUCUGCAUUAGGACACAAGGUGCUGACCGCAGAGACCUGCCAUGAAACCACACUUGAAGCAAUGGAGACAACGAAUGCUUUUCGGAAUAUUCGCUUGGGGGCUCCUCUUUUUGCUGAUUUUCAUCUACUUCACCGACAGCAACCCCGCUGAGCCUGUACCCAGCUCCCUCUCCUUCCUGGAGACCAGGAGGCUCCUGCCGGUGCAGGGGAAGCAGCGGGCCAUCAUGGGCGCCGCGCAUGAGCCCUCCCCGCCUGGGGGCCUGGACGCACGCCAGGCGCUGCCCCGCGCCCACCCAGCCGGUUCCUUUCAUGCGGGGCCUGGAGACCUGCAGAAAUGGGCCCAGUCCCAAGAUGGGUUUGAACAUAAAGAGUUUUUUUCAUCCCAGGUGGGAAGAAAAUCUCAAAGUGCUUUCUACCCGGAGGAUGACGACUACUUUUUUGCUGCUGGUCAGCCAGGGUGGCACAGCCACACUCAGGGGACAUUGGGAUUCCCUUCCCCCGGGGAGCCAGGCCCGCGGGAGGGGGCUUUUCCGGCUGCACAGGUCCAGAGGAGGCGGGUGAAGAAGAGGCACCGGAGGCAGAGAAGGAGCCACGUGUUGGAGGAGGGCGACGACGGCGACAGGCUGUACUCCUCCAUGUCCAGGGCCUUCCUGUACCGGCUUUGGAAGGGGAACGUCUCCUCCAAAAUGCUGAACCCGCGCCUGCAGAAGGCGAUGAAGGAUUACCUGACCGCCAACAAGCACGGGGUGCGCUUCCGCGGGAAGCGGGAGGCCGGGCUGAGCAGGGCGCAGCUGCUGUGCCAGCUGCGGAGCCGCGCGCGCGUGCGGACGCUGGACGGCACCGAGGCGCCCUUUUCUGCGCUGGGCUGGCGGCGCCUGGUGCCCGCCGUGCCCCUGAGCCAGCUGCACCCGCGCGGCCUGCGCAGCUGCGCUGUCGUCAUGUCUGCAGGCGCAAUCCUCAACUCUUCCUUGGGCGAGGAAAUAGAUUCUCAUGAUGCAGUUUUGAGAUUUAACUCUGCUCCUACACGUGGUUAUGAGAAAGAUGUUGGGAAUAAAACCACCGUACGCAUCAUUAAUUCGCAGAUUCUGACCAACCCCAGCCAUCACUUCAUUGACAGUUCACUGUAUAAAGACGUCAUUUUGGUGGCCUGGGACCCUGCCCCAUAUUCCGCAAAUCUUAACCUGUGGUACAAAAAACCGGAUUACAACCUGUUCACUCCAUAUAUUCAGCAUCGUCAGAGAAACCCAAAUCAGCCAUUUUACAUUCUUCAUCCUAAAUUUAUAUGGCAGCUCUGGGAUAUUAUCCAGGAGAACACUAAAGAGAAGAUUCAACCAAACCCACCAUCUUCUGGUUUCAUUGGAAUCCUCAUCAUGAUGUCCAUGUGCAGAGAGGUGCACGUGUAUGAAUAUAUCCCAUCCGUGCGGCAGACGGAGCUGUGCCACUACCACGAGCUGUACUACGACGCAGCCUGCACCCUCGGGGCGUACCACCCACUACUCUAUGAGAAGCUCCUGGUGCAGCGCCUGAACACGGGCACGCAGGGGGAUUUGCAUCGCAAGGGCAAGGUGGUUCUGCCCGGCUUCCAGGCGGUGCACUGCCCUGCACCAAGUCCAGUCAUUCCACACUCUUAAAAAGGGUUUCUUGGGAAUCAGUGUGCAAUAAGGUACUACUGUUGUACUCAAAGUCACAAAAGAAUACUUGAAGAUAGAUUUUAGACAAUGUAGUUUUGAGUCUUUAAACUGUAAUUUAGUGGUGGUCAUGAGAAUCCUUCUCUUUCUAAGCCAUUGAGUAUGUAUUACUGCUUUGAACAUAGAAAUGGUUUUUUUUAAAAAAAAUAAGGCUCAAGAAAGAUGCAAAACCAAGGAUAGCUAGAAAGAAAACACGUGUAUGACCAUGGGUAUGAUACCUCCAGAAAUGUUAACAACUUAUUCUUCUGCCAUGAGUACCCCUCGUCAGGGUUGGUUUCAAUGACAGGUUUUGGUGAUGUUCCUGACCAUAUGAAGUGGUUUAUGUUUAGAAACAUUCAAAUUGAGGGACAUCAUUUACAGCAUCGAGUGUGUCAGUUAUACAUGCAUUCAUCAUUAAAUAUCCUAGGUUUUAUGACAGACAUUGAAAUUAUGACUCAGAUGUGUUUAACAGCAAAAAUUCCCAGCACAUCCUGGCAAAGGCUUUUGUUUCCAACCGUUGCAUUCUUCAUCUCUGUCUCCCAUUGCCCACUGAAUGCUUUGCUUUCUGUGCAUCAAGACAGAGUUCUAAAACCAGAAAACAUCCAUCUUGAAAGGUCCAAGAAAAAGCCAAAUUCCAUAUAGCACCACAGAGGAGGCCCUUUGUUUCCCUGCAAUAUUUCAACCAGGAGCAUUAGUAUCACAUCCACCAGGAGGCACAUCACUGGCAAGUAACAUAGAAUCACAGGGAUGCAGGUGCCCCUGGACACUCCCCGGUUCUGGCUUUUCUGCCUUGUACCUCCUCACCUGCAGAUCCACCCUGCAGCUUUUGCAUAGUCAGUGACACACUUGACAAUUGGCACAGCUGUGCUGGGGAAGACGGGAGACACCUUGCUCCUUCCAAACUAGAAGGAAAGAUUUCAGAGCCAUCACCCUGUGCUUCUAGGGAUGCACGCCUGUCUUUAUUAUACAGGUUUCUUGCAGGUUUUUAUCAGCCAGUGGGAACUCCACAGUGAUGAGCACUGAAUCUUCACUAAAUCUUCCUACAGACAUUUAGGAAUCCAGUCCUUGCUUUUGCAGAUAUGUUUUAUGUCAGCAGCAUGACAAAGCCAUAUAAUUAAAUAAUUUAUGUGAAAGCAUUGCUUAUUAACAAGGAAAAUAUGUAGAUGCUUCAGAGGGAAAGGCAGCUAGAGGGAAAUUUUCAUCCCAAUAUGUUAGCUAUAUUCAGGGUUGAUUUUUUCUUUAAUCUCAACUGUCACUGAUACAUUGAAAAAUUUUUGCUAUGAAUAUAGUGAAACAGAAACAUUUUGUAAUACCUUAAUUAAACAUGCUAUUAUUUCAAUGUAUAACCAAAACAUAUCUCCAUGGUACAAUUAAGACUUGUUGCAAUGACAAUAGCAGCUUAAUUAAAUGCGUUCUCCCUUGCAAAAUGUAUGAAUGUCAGGAGAGUUUAGUGGAAAAGUUUUCUUUGUUUCAGGAUUGGUUUCUUCUAGACUGUUCUCAGGACUACUUUCUUGAGCAAGAAUGGCUUACAGAGACUGAAGGCUUCUGUUUGGUUAGUCUAUUCAGCAGAUAUGGAGCUGGAAAACAAGACAUCUCCUAUAGCUUGUUAUAAUAGUGAAGGAGAAAUUGGAAAGUUUUAAUCACAAUAAUAUCCAAUAAAAGCCCAUUUUGAGAGUUUUGUUAUUAAGUCAAUGAGAAGGGAUAGGGAACUUUGUCCUAUAUAUUAACUUAUGUCUAAAUAGACAUAGUUAAGCCAUGUUCCUUUCUAAUUUCUUUUCUUUUUUUUUUUUUUUUUUGAGACAGUCUCUCGCUCUGUCGCCCGGGCUAGAGUGCAAUGGUGCGAUCUCGGUUCACUGCCAGCUCUGCCUCCCGCGUUCACGCCAUUCUCCUGCCUCAGCCUCCUGAGUAGCUGGGGACUACAGGCACCCGCCACCACGCCCAGCUAAUUUUUUGUAUUUUUAGUAGAGACAGGGUUUCACCGUGUUAGCCAGGAUGGUCUCGAUCUCCUGACCUGGUGAUCUGCCUGCCUCGGCCUCCCAAAGUGAUGGGAUUAUAGGCAUGAGCCACCACCGCGUCCGGCCAUUCCUUUCUAAUUUCUUGAAAAAACUUUGUCUUGUCCUUAUGUUUACAUGUGUGUAAUAAUUUCAGCAACUCUGGAAUGUGGGUGAGGUGGCUCUGGUGGAUGAAUAUUACUCCCUACCCUCCUUGGAUCUUUCUAGAUCUUCCAGGCCAUUAAAUGCCCCUGACUAUUGAAGCUCCUUUUAUAGUUGUGCAAGUGGAUUUACUUGUAGACAUCCUUACUAUCCAGCACAAUCCCCCUUGGCUGACAUGAGAACUUGGUUAGAGGAGAAUUUAUUGGGGUCAGUGUAAAUAUUCAAGUUCAAAAGCCUCAGAACCUCACACUUUAAAGAUUUUUAAAUAGAAUUUUGUCAUAAUCAUUGUACUUUUAAAAUAGUACUUUCAGUUUCAGGAGGUUUCAAGAAAGACUGAAGAGUACAAAGGAAAUUUAGUUACAAUUUUUGCAUUUAUUAUGGCCUUAAAGACUCUUGGGAAUCAGGGUCUGUUCAACAGUCAAUAAAUGUAAUACACACAUUAAUAUAGUACUGACUGGGCAUUCUUCUAUAAAAGUUUAAGUUCUUUGGCUUCUAAGAAAAUGUUGGGCAGUUAUAGUUAACUUGAUGACUACUUCUGGUAUUAGCCAAAUGGGUCCUAAGUGGCAGCAUUUUGCCAGACAUUGACUAAAUCCUUACAUGCCACAUUUACUGAAUUCCAAUAAACAUACAGUUCUUCUGUGGAGUAGUUAACAGUUAAGUGGCAGCUCACUGAAUUUCUCCCAGGUUCUGUCUCUUCCAAAAUCCUCCAUCCUCUCUUAUGAAGGGAAGCUGAUAAAAAAAAAAUCCUCUUGGUGCAAGCUGAAGCUGUUAAGGAUUCCCUUUUUCACUCUCAGGACCAACAAACAUUCUUUUGUAUUUCAAGAUAACUUCACCCAUUGUUGUUGUUGUUGUUGUUAUUAUCACAAAGAAACAAAUUUUGAGCAGCAAUGACAAUUCAACCACAUCUAGAUUCUCCCUAACUUAUUUCUCCAGCCAGUCACACCAGGCAGGUGGGUAAUCUUUAACAGACCUGGUGUUCUCAUGGAAUACCGAUGCUCGUCCCAGGGAGCUGACCUUUCCCACUAUGUCCUUAUAGAGCUGCUCUUACAGAGAACUUUGUGCUCAGGACCAAGGGAUGGUCAAUUAAAAGUUGCAUGUAAGCAUCAGGCUUGUGCAUUAAAAUGGGCAAGGGAGGGCUUUUAUACAUCUUUGAACGACCAGGUCUUUCCUUGUCUGCCUGAAGGCAGAGCUUCGAGAAACAGCACUUCCCAUGUGCCUGGUCCUCUUGGUCUCUCAGCCAGACACUUAAUCAAUCCUGGACUCUCCAGUAGUCCUCAGUCAUUGUAGCCAUAGCAUCUGCCAAAAAAGAAAUGCUAAAAUAAUCAUUCGCGUUUUCAAAAUUAGGAAAUCAAAGUAGCUGGGUCACUCUCUUACGUGUGUAUGAGCCAGUUCAUUCUGCUGGCCAGAUCAUACUUACGCUGCUGAUUGACUCUUCUGAGCAGUAACACAUCUCCUGAAUUAAUUAGGUAGGUCCCGUUUGGGUGCAUUAAGUGGGAUCAGUCUUAGAUGAGUGCCAGUAUGUGAUCGAAUUUCAUACGCACAAAUGCCAUGAUUCAAGUUCUCUCUCCAGUUUCUCUUAUAGAUCAACACACAGUACAUGUGGUCAGUUACUUGGUUGAAUUUCUGCUUAGCUGUGGUAAGAGACAGAGAAAGGGAGUGAGGUGGGACCAGGGGAAUUAUCAGAAAGACAUAAGUGAACCUAUUGGCCAGGUAGCUUCCAAGUAUGUUCUAUUGUAUUGUCUGUUUUGAUUCUGAUAGUUUAGAACUCUUUCUGAUAGUUUAGAACUCUUACCCAGUGGUUACAUGACUGAUCAAGGCAACUCCAUCUGGAAAUUAAUUGCUUAGGUAAAAUGUCCCUGAGUUUCAACUUGUCUUUUAUACUCUGGAUAUUCUCUUUUGAGAUUAUUAUGCAUGUUUCUGUCACAUGGGCAUUAUUUACACACUUGAUAAAUGAAAGGUAUUUCUCUGUCCGUUCAAGGAAAUAAAAUGUAAGUUCUUGUUUUAUUAAAUGAAUGAAGCCUUUUGGUUAAAAAAAAAAAGUAAUGUAAUAUGUUUCUGUUCAAACUUGAGCUAAUGACAUUUAAGGAAUUAAAGACAUUGAUCUAGUUCUUAGUAUAAAAAGUGUACAUGUAGUAGAUAUAGUUAUAUAAUUGUGUAUAUACAUAUCUACACACAUGGUUGGUUUUAUAUUGCUUUUUCAUCAAUAUUUUUGACUGAAACCUUUACAAUAAAUUUUAUUUUAAUUAUGUAACCACUAAUAUUUUGAGAGAAGGAAGCAAAUGUUAUAUGUCCUUCUGUUAAAAGAAAAAAAAAAUCAGUCCUCCGCCAACCGCUUCCCACACACUCAUACUCUGCACAUCUUGGCUACAUUAAAAUGGUCUGACAGAAUUAUUUAAAAGGCACUAUGAAGGUAGAACACUACCUUAAUAUUUUAUCCUAGUCAGAAGCCUGAUUUAACACUGAACUUUGAAGGGAAGCUUAGCUAUAGCUCAUGGCUUUCAAAGAUUAGAAGAAACAUUUACUGGUUCUAUGGAAAAUAGUCUUCUUGCUAGGUAGAUUGGAAACAAAGAAAUUGCAUUGGUGGUGUUAAAAUCUAACAUUUAUAACAAAUCCUGUUUUAUUCUAGAUGAAAUACUUAGACAAUUCUUCCAGUGGAAACCAGUGAACUUUUUUAACAGCUUUGGGAAUUCUUUUGUAUGAUAAUUUUUAAAAUGAAAUGUGUACUCUUCAAACUAAUUAAAGCUUGAAGUUUUCCAGGAGUCACAUUUUAAAAGUGUUUGUACACAUUUUAACACUUUGAUAUUUUCUAUUUUGGUUUUGUAUAUUUUUAUGUAUACACAAUGUACAGACUUUUUUCUUGUAAAUAAAACAUGUUUUCAUUUGUCUAGAAGUUUC